GGGAUCGAGGGAGGAGGAGCGGCCAUGACUAGAAAGUAAUUGCGCCCCUGUCGGGCGUGUUGUGCCCCCGGCCAGAGCGACUCUGUUAACAGCUUCCCGGCGCGCACUCGUGAAGUAAGGGCGAGACGAGCGCUUCUGCCCUGCCUGCGCUCCUGCCAGGACUCCGCGUGAAUCUCUCGCGUCUUGCCCGGGCCCGACCAGCCUCGGGACGCCCUGUGGACCCGGGGGCUGCAGGGGCCGUGGGGAUCCGGUGCGCCGUGGCAGUCCGCCCUUGGGCUCGGCCGCUACUGCUGGCUCCAAACGCAGACCCGGAGCUCGAGGACGCAGGUGUCCGGUUUCCUCUGACCUUGAAGACCCGGGAAGCAGUCCAUAUCCAAGCUAAUUUGGGGGAUGGAGAAGAGGAGAACUGGUGUGUUCACACAUAUCUAGUUCCACCCUGCAAGGGAAGCACAGCUGGAAGACUCACCGUGGAAAGGUUAUAUGCACCAUGGCUCUGACCGGUGUCAGAUUGCCUGCCAGUGUUUUGAGAAAGCCAGAUGCCUGGAUUGGACUCUGGGGAUCGCUGCAAGGGACACCUUCCUAUAAACUCUGUGCUUCCUGGAAUCGAUACUUAUAUUUUUCUGGUACCCAGUUAAACACAUCAAGUUGUAAAACAUUUCUCCAUAACUUUUUCUCACUGAGACUCCCAGGGCUUUUAAUAUCUCCAGAAUAUAUUUUCCCACUUUCCGUAAGACUUAAAAGUAAUAUAAGCUCUAAAAAGUCCACUAAGAAGACUCUGCAAAAAACUGAGGAUGAAGAGGACUCUGAAGACGAGAGUGAUCGUGAGAUGAGUGAGCGCGAGGAGGAGCUGGAGGAUGACCCCACUGUGAUCAAAGACUAUAAAGAUCUGGAGAAAGUAGUGCAGUCUUUUCGGUAUGAUGUUAUCCUAAAGACAGGCCUAGAUGUGGGGAGAAACAAAGUGGAAGAUGCAUUCUACAAAGGUGAACUCAGGCUGAAUGGGGAAAAAUUAUGGAAGAAGAGCAGAACGGUGAAAGUGGGAGAUACAUUGGAUCUUCUAAUUGGAGAGGAUAAAGAAGCAGAAACAGAGACAGUGAUGAGGGUUCUCCUGAAAAAUGUGUUGGAGGAGAAAACGGAAAGUGAAAAGUACAGAGUGGUGUUACGCCGGUGGAAAAAGUUAAAGUUGCCUAAAAAGAGUAUGUCGAAAUAAAUGGAUUGCUUUUUAUUGAUAAAACUGCUUUCUGGUGAUGGGGAAGGGCCAACUUCAAAAAAGGACAUUUUUAUUAAAAUAAAGUUAUCUUACCUUUA